UUUGCUCUUUUCCCGCUGAUUCUCUCAAUAUGUGCCUGUUUCUUUUUAUAUGUCUAUACGUCAUACAGAAGCAAAACCUUUCUGAGGCCAAAAUGAAUUCAUCUUACCAAUCGAUUUAGAUACUCUGUGUACUUCUAUGUAGAUUAUUAGAAGUACUGCAUCGUAUCACAUUAGCAUAUCAGGUUUUAAUAUGUAAAAUGUAACAAGUACUUGAGUAAGUUACAUCACACCACUGUGUUUAUUGGUGACAUCGAGGCUGUCUACGUCUGUGGAGAAGAGUUUUUGCCAUGCUAGCGGCUUUAGGGAUUAGAUUAUAGGUCGGUUUGGUCAGUCCACCACUUUGGUCCAGAUUAAAAUAUCUCAACAACUAUUGGAUGGAUGGCCAUAAAAUCUCGUACACAUUCUUGUUCUUUGCAGGAUGAGUUGUAUUAACUGUGGCGACCCCUUAACUCUUCAUCAUACCUGUGAAACGGCAGCGUAUCUAUGAUCCCAGAGUCUUACGUUGCUCAACUUAAUAUCCUAUUUAUAUGACACAUUAGAGGGAUAGUUUGAGUCUGUUUAGGUGGGGUUGUAUGACUUAUUCUUAGUCAGUGUAUUACCUACAGUAGAAGGCAGUCGGCACGCCGUCAGUUUGGAGAAGCAGACUUGAGUACCGGUACGGGAGCUAAGCAAAGUGCUGCUGUGAUCGGGGACGACAGAAAAACCUAAUUUAGCAACAAAGGAAAACAGAAAAGAAGUGUCACUCCAAGAACAAGCAGCACUGUAAUAAAAAAAAUUAAACAAAGAGCAACGGUAAGCAAAACAUUUUUCGCUGAUUUGCAUCUUUCUACAUACAUGUGCAUAAGAAGUGUUGCAGGAGGCCAUCUUCUUUAAUGUGUCUUCAAGUUGUCAGUGAUCAACAGGAAGAUGACUCGUGUUCAAGCCUAACUGAUGAUUAGAUUGUGUGAGAUACACCUCACAGAUCCCCUAACCACAUGUUAUAUAUGCUGCACAAACAUAAGGCCAAAGGUCAUUGAAUGUUUAGUCAUAUUGGUGCUGAGUUACAGCUUUGAGAAGCUUUACAGUUUUAGUGUCUUGUGGAACAAAAUGAGAAGCAUGCUAAUCAGCUUGCUGUGCUUCCGAGUAAGCUUUAUGAUCAGUUAACAGACUUCUUGGUAACACGUUGUUUAUCUUUAAGGUAUUAUGCUACAGGAUGUGAAGUAAUGUUUUUUAUGCGAUGAUAUUUAUAUGCUUCAUUUUCAGCUAUGUCGCAAAACAUCAGAAAUACGAACACUGGCCAAACAAGUACUUUGUAUGAACGCAACCCAUACAUCAUAAUGCAACCGUCCUCAGUGAGAGAGUUUCUAAACAUGUAAUAUUAUACUGACUUUGCUUGAGGGAUCAGAACAGAUUAUGCAGCACAGACACACUGCACGUUAUUAGAGAGGAAACAUUCCUCAGAUGGUUGGUGGUUCUGGCAACCUGGCCGCUUGGCACGUCAGUCUUCUCUGUGUGUGUGUGUGUGUGUGUGUGUGUGUGUUUAGUUGGCAGCACUACACACACUCCAAUGUCACGGUCGUCUUCAACAUCUGUCCACUUGGAGAAUGACCCGCCAGGCUCCCACACAGAGCAACUCGGGGCACAUUGCUUUCCAAUGAGGAAUACUGUUGCUCUCAUCUGCGACUCCAAACAACUGUAGUACAACUGUACCCCUGUGUUCCCUUAGAAAGACCAGUUUCAGUCUUUAAAUAGAGAUAUUAUCACUAAAACACCACCACCAUAAAAUAAGGUUCCUGCAGAUACCCCACAAACUGAAAGAGAAAGUGAGUGACUUCUAGAAAAUGCAGGUACUUUCUGGUGUACCAAGGUCAAAGCUGAAAACUGACACCGCUUGGAAAAUCUCACACAAAACAAAUCACUACAAAAAAAACACAUUUUCAUUCACCCUUUUGUAACAAUAAAUCAAUGGAUUGUUGUUUUAUACUUAUUUUCCUUGUCUUUUAUCUUUUAAUUGGUGGGUUAAACACUAAAUUACCUUUGUUUUACACAUCGUCCUUACUGUUCUCUAUCCCUGCAUGUUUUUCUUCCUGUGCAAAGCACUUUGUAAAAUGCUCUAUACAGUAAAUAAAGUUGCCUGUUUGCCAUACUGCCAUGUGGAUGUUCAUCCAGAGAACCUCGCCUCCUCUCGCGCCUCGUAGCCCCGCCCACAUCAAGCGCUCAAACCGGCCAUUGGCUCGACUAGACGAGGCCCCGCCCACUGGUGGAGUUUAUAACUUCUCUGUAAAAUAAAGCAGCGCGUGAGGGAGUCUCACAACAGGAGGUCUCCCACUGAAUGCUUUUAUAGGGUCACUGAGUCUGCACAGAGGAGAUGUUGUAAACAGCAGAGGAGACUUUCUUAGACUUUCUUCUAUGAAUGAAGCUGUAAAAACAGUCACAAUGUGGAAACCCGCCGGUGGAUCACACGGCACCUUCAGCCCAGCUGCUGCCGCCGCCGCGGUCACCUGUCUGCUCGUGACCGGGACGCUGGUCGUCACUGUCGGACACCCGAGCAGCGGACACCCGGCGGAGCCUCCAGCAGCCGCAGCGGCGAGCGGGAAAGCUUUCUCGACGUACUUCAGGACACUCACCCGGGAGAGGCGAGCGAUACCCGGCCCGCCGAGGAGAAGCGCUGCCCCCGGGCCGGUGGAGCGUCUCUCCCCGGACGACUUGUUCAUAGCGGUGAAAACCACCGGGAGGUAUCACCGGCAGAGACUGGAGCUCCUGCUGGACACCUGGAUCUCCAGAAACAUGCAACAGACGUUCGUGUUCACCGAUGGAGAGGACGAGAAGCUGAGGAAAAGGAUGGGAGCUCACCUGAUCAACACCAACUGCUCAGCGGCCCACAAUCGCCAGGCCCUCUCCUGUAAAAUGGCUCUGGAGUACGACACUUUCAUCAACUCUGGCAGGAAGUGGUUCUGUCACGUGGACGAUGAUAACUACGUGAACGUGCGCUCCCUGCUGAAGCUCUUGUCUCAGUACAGUCACACACAGGACGUCUACAUCGGCCGGCCCAGCCUCGAGCGACCAAUAGAGGCCACGGAGAGUCUCGGCACCUCUCAAAUGAAGCAGGUGCGUUUCUGGUUCGCCACAGGCGGAGCAGGCUUCUGUCUGAGCCACGGCCUCGCUCUGAAGAUGAAGCCCUGGGCGAGCGACGGCGCCUUCAUGGCGACAGCUGAGCACAUUCGCCUCCCGGACGACUGCACCGUCGGUUACAUCGCGGAGGCGCUGCUUGGCGUGAGCCUCAUCCGCUCAGCGUUGUUCCACUCCCACCUGGAGAACCUGGGACUGGUGUCGGACAUACACAACCAGGUGACCCUCAGCUACGGCACAGUGGAAAACAGCAGAAACAUCGUCAACCUGAAGGGACCGUUUUCAAUAAAUGAAGAUCCUACAAGGUUCAGGUCGGUCCAUUGUCUGCUGCACCCAGACGCCGCUCGCUGCCCGAGCCCCCGGCCGCUUUAACGCCCGUCCAGAGACACGGAGGGACGGGGUGGAGGAGGAGAACUGAGCGUCCUCUGAUAGAGGAGGAAGUCACCGCAGACAUCCAGGAGUCGCACUGCUGCCCUCUUCUGCCCCCCCCCCCCCCCCCCACAAGAGCCGCGGGAAACAUUUGGACGUAGAUGUUUUAACAGCGGUCCGAGUGGAACACUGACUUUUUAUUGAUUUGACAUCUGAACUCUCACCCUGUGAAUUGUCGUUGGGCGUCAAAAGGCCAAACACUGCAACAACAGAAAAAGACUUAUGAACAUUAUUAUGAAAAAUAGAAGAGACUGCUCUUCUAUUUUUUUUUUUUUUUAGAUCCUGAGAGUGGUCAUUAUAAUAACAUUGUGUGCUCACCAAAGUAACCGCUGAGAUCCAUGCUUAGCUACGACAAAGUCAGAUCAGUCAUCUAAUCCAACUCUCGGCAAAAAUGCAAAAAAAACCUUCUAUUUCAAAUAUGUUUAAUUGUUCUUUUUAAGUUGAAUCAUCUAAACCACUUUAUUUAGAGGUAAAACUGAAAGUGGGCACACUUGCAAGUCGCUUCUACUCCCAUCACACUGGAAAACAGUGUGUGCAUACAAGUACCGUAAGUAGAGGAGGUCAAAGUUGAACCACGAAGUCAUCUGUAAACUUGCUGUUGGCCUUUUAUUUUAUUUGUCGAGUAGGUUUGACCGGUUUGUUUGACGGUGAAAAGAUGAAGGAUCAAAUCAGUCAUAUUUUUAUAAUCUGAAGUUUUAUCUUGUCAGCGUUCAGUAUUAUCUUUUUUUUUUUUUUUUAAGUAUAUCAUCAUGCCUGAGCACCUUGCCGUUAUAUUUCUGCUGGUUUAGUUGCACUGUUUCCUCCUGUCUUCAGUCUUCGUGCUAAGCUAAGCUAACUGGCUGCUGGUUCCAGCUACAUAUUUGCCGAGCGUCUUGAUUCUUUCCAACUAACUCUUGGCAAGAAAGCAAAUAAGAGUAUUUCCCACAAUGAACAGACUAUUCUUUUAAAAACUCAACUCAUCCAGUGAGGCCUGUUCCAAAUGACUCUCCUGGUAAGCCCUCAUCGUGUUCGACUGCUUCUGAAACGUCUCUCACAGUUAGCAGUGUAACAAAGAAUGACUCAUGUUGGGUCGUCUUCUAUCUUUCUGUGCAUUGAAAGCAUUUGUUGCAACUGAGUGAAAGUUAUUAAGUUAAAUUCUGUCCCUUGUUAAGUGAAUGUAUGUGAUGAACCGUUGCUUCUGAAGCGUACAUGCUCUCUCCAGUAUCUGGACUGUACGCAGACAUGCAAUAAAAAAACGUUUUUUAAAAAACAACACCUUUCCAUCUCUGUGAUUGUGAACCGGGGGAUUUUAAAUGAGGUUGUUAAGGGACACUGCCUCCACCUCUGACCUCUGACCUUGUUUAUGAGCUGGUGGGUUCCUGUCUGGAGACCACCGCCGCCCCCACUACAACAGCCGUCCUCUUAUCUGAUGGAGCCAUGCACAAGGCCCUGGAGAGAUAAAGGCAGAACCAAAACAUUAGCGGAGUGUGUGUGUGUGUGUGUGUGUGUGUGUGUGUGUGUGUGUUGUGCGCGCGCGCGUGUCUUGUGGCCUCUCUCCCACUGUGAGACGUCAGACUGGUUUAACCUGCUACAGAGUGACAUCUGCUGGCUGCACGUGUUACUGCAAAGAGCAGCAGCUAGUUUUUGGUUAUUAAAACUGUCUCUGCUGCU